GAGAGAUGCUGCUGAAAUGAGGUGCGCGCGUUGCGGCUGCUUUAUUUACACCCAACUAGCACCGCAUCGUCUUAGGAUAUGGACUUUCCAAAGGGAUUGUUAUUGCUCCUCGGUGAUACAUCUCAAGCUUUAAAUGUGCAACGGGAUUGUUUCCACAAGCUGUUCUUCCAAACACUGUGAAAGGAUUUAAACAAAAGUGGAUUUUUGUGACUUCACAUUUUACCUGCGUGUCAGAAAUGCCCCCUUCUAAUAAAUGGUGCGUCAGGUGGGCAGUUUGCUUGUCCUUUGUUCUUGCACUGAUCCCCUGGACAAGGGGAUCACUGAAUUGUCAUAAAAUGUGCAUAUGCGCCAGUAACAUUGUAAGCUGCUCCAAGGUGAACUUGACCGGAGUCCCGAACGACCUGCCCAACUACACGUCUGUGCUCGAUCUCAGCUUCAAUAAUAUAAGCGGACUGCGCGCACAAUGGACCAAGCACAAACUGCCUAACCUCCACAACCUUUUACUUAGCCACAACAGGUUGAAUUUUCUCUCCUCCGAGGCUUUCGUUUUUGUAAAGCAACUGCGCUACCUUGAUCUCUCGUCCAACCUCCUACGGCAGCUGGACGAGUUCAUCUUCGAGCCCCUGGUCCAUCUGGAGGUCUUGCUGCUCUACAACAACCACAUCUCGCAGAUCGACCGCACUGCCUUCAGCGGUCUUAAUAGCUUACAGAAGCUCUACCUGAGUCAGAAUCUGGUGGUGCGAUUUCCUUCGGAGCUGAUCAAGGACAAGAGCCGACCGGAGAGGAUGAGCCUUCUGGACUUGUCUUCCAAUCGGAUCAAAGUUCUCCCCAUCGCGGAUCUGCAGGCCUUAUCGGCCUGGGUGAAAGAUGGCAUGUACUUACACAACAACACUCUCAUUUGUGACUGUGAGCUGUACAGUUUAAUGGCUCACUGGUAUAUCCGACGGCUCAAUUCGGCUGUGGACUUUAAGGACGACCAUACCUGUGUGCAUCCUAGCCCUGAAAAGCGAGUGCUUCGUGUGUACGAUCUGAAUACUCAUAUGAACUGCAGCACUUUUAAAGAAACAGAUGAAGAGUUUUAUUUGGACCAGACAAUCUCCCUCAGAUGUGAUACUCGACAUCGGGACAUGUCCAAGACCUGGAUGCUACCCGGAAAUAUAAUACUCACCCCUGGCAAUAACCACAGUUACAAUGUUGACAAAGAUGGAAGCCUUAAGAUAACAUCAAUAAAACCUGAGGAAUCGGGUGUGUACACGUGUUUCGCCGUGAGCGAAUACCUCAAUGAAACGCUCUACGUGGUGGUGAAGGUUCACAACUUCACCCUCAAUGGCAACAAUGACUCCCUCAACACAGCUUACACCACGCUGGUCGGCUGCUUGGCUAGCGUGGUCCUUGUCCUUAUCUAUCUCUACCUGACACCCUGCCGCUGUUUCUGUUGUCCAGAUCAAGGCAAAUCGAAGAACCUUCAAGAAGACAGCAUCCACUCCUCUAUGCUGAGCGUGACUCCGACGCACGAGGACAUGGCAACCAAAGCAGAGCUCAACAGGCACGUGGCCUUCAUUGACCCCAAGGACCUGCAGGGACAGAAUGGGAAGGUGAAUCCAAACGGCGAGGAGGAAGUGGAUGAGGAAGCCAUGCAGGGAAAAGGAAAACGAAAGAAAUCUGUUGCAGACUCAAUUAGUUCAGUCUUUUCUGACACUCCCAUUGUAGUCUAAGGAAAGGCUGUUUACGUAAGACAUAGCCAACUGUGAUGGAUGUGAAUCUCGGAUGGACAAAGAGACAGAUACAGUACUGCCUCAGUUUUUUGGCUGUUUCUGCAAAACCUUUCCAGCAUUUUGAUCUGUAGCACUUAAGUAUAUACUGUGAAAAGGUCUUGCCAUACUAGUGGACUCUAAACGUUUAGAUGUUCCUGGAAGUUUAGGCCCAACUGGCUGUAGUCUGAAACACAUGAGGUCAGAAAUUUCUCAACCAUCAGAAUGAAGAACUGCUAGGUUUCCAAUUGAUAAUAGAUUGAAUAUAAUCAUUAACAUCAUAAGCAUGAGCUUUGCAGACUGCUAUUGUUAAGAAUAGAACGAAUGCCCUUGUAGCUAAUAGAUCAUAUUUACCACUUGUAAUGCUAACUGACCAGCCUUAUCACUUUAUGUAAGCCAUAUCCAGUUGGUAAUUGCAGGAGGAGACUAAUGUACUACCGCAUUUGAGACUCACAAGACUUUCGAUGGAAAAACAAAUAGACAGUUUUUCUGCUUCUAUGGCGGAUUAGAAGGCCGUUUUGAAGGAGUCGAACACUGAAUAACCUUUCUGGUCAUUUUAAACCUGCUUGCAUAAAUAUAUCCCUUCAACUAUGUAAGACACAUACCCAUAAUUCCUUCAUUCAUUUGAGAAUUUUAGAGAAUUCUUAUAAAUUACUUUUUCAAAUUAUUUGUUGAAUUAGCCUUUUAACAUAUGUCUAUUUGCCACUAUUUGACCAUGACUGAAGAAUCAAUAUUUGUUUUCUUGUGCAAGUGGUUUGGCUCUUUGAAUCUAGCCUAGUAUAUAGGCGAGUAUUUUAGACAUGAACAUUCAUUAUUAUUAUUUAAAUGUUGGAUAGCAGUUGCCAUUUUAAAAGAACUGAUAUCUACAAGUUCAAAACCAUUUUUAUUGCUGCCCCUCACAUGACGGGGAUAGUUCACCACAAAAUAUCAACAAAACCUCUAUAUUCUACUGAACACAAAGGAAGAUAUUUGGAAGAAUGUCAGAAAACAAAGAGAUUUUAUCUCCCAUUUCAUCAUACCAGAGUAGGUAAAAUAAAUAUGGCAGUGAAUAGGAGAUUUGAUUUGUUUGGUUACUAAGUGACAUUCUUCCAAAUAUCUUCCAUUGUGUUCAGCAAAACAAAGGAAGUUAUUCAGGUUUGGAACAAUCUGAGGGCGAGUAAUUCAUUUUUUGGGUGAACUAUCCCUUUGAACAUGUCAGAUCUGCUCACUCUCAGCCACUUAAUCUGUCAUGACAACCAACCAGUGACAUAUUAUCAAAAUGCUAAUGAAAUCUUUAAAUAGAAUGAGGUUUCCAUCUGCCUGUGUUUUCUUCUCCAAAGCUAAGAUGAUUUGAGGCUGGAUUCAAAAGCAAAAACCAUUUCAGACCUCGUUUUAUUUGUGCUGCAGUUUGCACUUAUGUUAGUCAUUGCUGAAUCAUCCAUGGUCAAAAGGAAAGUAAUUUUUCUGGAAUCCAUGAAGAGCCGAUUUAAUUUUCACCUGAUGACAAACCAAAUCCAGAUGGAAUUAAUUUUUUAAUUCAUGAAAUUCUGCAGAACACAAAAGAAAAUAUUUUGACAAAUGUUGGAAACCGAACAGUGGCUGUACCCAUUAACUUCUAUCUAUGGACACAAAACUAUAUGCAAGUCAAUGCAUAUCACCGUUGGUCAGUUAUAUGUUCAUAUAAUAGCUUCUUUUGUAGAAAUCUUACAGGUUUGAAAUGACAAGAGGGUGAGUAAAUGAUCACAGAAUUUUCAGUUUUGGAUGAACCAUCACUUUAACAAACGUCAAAUAUUUUGAUGAGUUAACUCCCCAGUUUUCUCUCCUUCUUAAUUAUUUCAACAGGCAUGCAGAGGGCUUACAAAGACGCUUUAUUUGCAUAACCAAUAUAAUAAGAGAAUGUUAUUAAUCAUGACUUACCAAUGUGUAAAGUUUUCUGGCUGUAUUUAGGGUGUGACACCCGCUAGAUCCAUCCCAACGACAACAGAUGCGUUGUCUUAAUACACACACAGUGGAUGGUUUACAUAUAUUUCUCAACCAGACCUGGUGUUCUCGGUCGUAAUCCAAGAACACUAUUAGACCAAACAGUGAUGUCACAGGAAAUCCGAGAACCAUACAUGGAUUUACUGUAGAUACGCUGUUCCAUACAUACAUUCUGCUCUCCUAAAAUGAUUUGUUAACCAUAUCCUAUUAUGUCUAAAGGCUCUGGUUUGGUUGAGACAGUCUUUCUCCUCCGACAUCUUUCCCUUGUUAAUUACAUCUUGUUUUCUGAACAAGAGAGAGAUUUGGUGAAGCAAUUAAAUGUUUGAUAGGUGGAUGAACUCACAAACAGUAUUAACUCAGGGAGUGGGAAUGACAGAUAAUAACAGCUAUGGCAGACUGCAGUUAUGGGCAGUUACGGUCCCUUACAAGUCUCUCCAGCUGCGAUCCAAAAUUAGUGUAGAGAGGAGGGAAAGAACUUCCCAUCACGAGCCCUGUGGGAGGAGGGCCAGAGAUCUGUGCAGUCGACUCGCUAAGAUCUUUCUAGCAAGAGAUGGAAGAGCAGCAGCUUUCACCCCCAUUGUGUGUUUUUCUAAACUGUGCGUCCUUGGCUAUUUUGCUAUGAGUUCUCGUGCAAGACCAACGCUCAUUACUCAGCAUUUGACAGUUCAUAUGUGGAAACAGUAUUUGUUUUUACAGUGUUUAUGAGGUUGUGUCCUUUUGGUUAACUUUUUCCCUCGAGGUUCCAAAGAGGCUGUAUUCCUCGUGGUUCUGUGUAUUGUUGUUCCUAUACAGUUGUCUAGAUUCCAGUUGUGGCUAUAUUGGUAAACAAAUUUUAAUGACACCGACUGUAAAGGUCUUUUUCUGUCAUGUUGUAUUUUGAAAUCUGAUCACUAUUUGUCUAUAUGUUGGUAUUUAGGGACAUAUGUUGAGAAGUCUGUAGAUUAAAAGUCAUAAAGCCAGGAUACAACGUUGAACUUUCAAAAUACUUAACAAAUAGAGAAUAUUAGAUAUUGUGUAUCCGUUCAUCAUGUUGAAGGUGACAUGUGUAAUUGUUUGAUCCUAAAAUACUUAAAUCUCCAAUAUAGUCAUCGGUGAGUUGAUUUCCCUAAAAAAAAGUAAACAUUGUUGUGGUUAUAAACAUGCUCCGUUUUUGGAGCAUUUUGACCAGCCCAACACGGUAACAUUGGCUCAACCAAUAGCGUGAGUUUGGGGCGGGACUAUCCGAAUGACUGUCUAAUGGCAAAUGGGGGAAACUGCACACUUCAUCUUCUGCAUAUGGACUUUUAGAAGAUCAUUGUCAGAAUUGAAAACAAUUGACUAUAAAAACACUGAUUCUUGUUUUGUUUUUUUCUAACAGUGAUUAUACUCUAGAUUUGAGUAUUUAAACCCAGAAAAAAUAUGUAGUUUUGUUUUGUAGUUUUUUGGAACAGAACAAAAUAUCCUAGAAGAUGCCUGUUCUUGAUAUACUUAUUACAUUAACUGUUUGAACCAUGAAAGCUUUAGACUCCUCUACUCUCUGAAAGCAGAAGGGAAACAUUGUUUGUUAGGUUACUGUAAAAUCUUGAAUUUUUGGGUUGAAACUUGAAGAGUUUUGGGUGGCACAUAUUCCUGGGACUGAAUGAAAAUCCCUUCCUCUCAAUGUAAGGUUCUUGUAGAAAAGUAUUAUUUAUGAAUAAUAUAAAAAACCUUAAUAAAAAGUGUAUUAUACAAAUUUUGUGUUGAAUGCUUUCUGUCCAAUGUCAUACAUUAUAUGUCUGUCAAACAAAUUAACGUACUGACCAUCAAGUAAUGGUUACUACAAACUGUUUUUGCAUGGAAAAAUGAAACCUAAGCAUUUUUUUAACAACUCUUACAUUCCAAUAAAAGAUAAACAGCAUACAGGUUUGGGACCUGAGGGUAUUACAACGACAUAAUUUAAAUGAUUGGCUUAUAUGUACCUUCAAAGGUAUAGUUUACCCCAAAAUAAAAAUCAUUCACUCAUGUCUUCCCAGACCUCGUAUGACUGACUUUCUUCAGCAGAACACCAAAGACAAAGAGGAUAUUCUGAAGAAUGUUAUUACACACAAAUUCAUAAAGAUAUUUCUAAAAAAUAUAUUUUGUUGUGUUCUACAGAAGAAUUAUAUGCAGGUUUUCAAUGAAUAAAUUGAU